CGCCGAGAGACUACAACUCCCGGCGUGCAUCCUGGGGAGAGGCUGCGCGCGAGCAGCGCUGGCUGGGAAGCGGAGGAGUCAUCUGACUUCCUGGAAGUUGCCUUGGAAAUGCAGGCAGGAACCUCUUGCUGAGAGUAGCUAACUUCAGGGAAAGGAGACAUGACCUAAUCUACACUCCAGCCUUAAAGGGGGUUGGGAGGAGCUGGGGAGACCGGAAGGAGAGCAAUGCCAGGAGUUCUGAGGCGGCAGCCUGGAAAGAGGGCCCUUGUGUCGCAGUUCACGCACCAUCACAUUGCUGUGUUCUUGCUCACUUUCUUCAGCUACUCCCUGCUCCAUGCCUCCCGGAAGACAUUUAGCAAUGUCAAGGUCAGCAUCUCCAGCCAGUGGACCCCCUUCUGCCUUAAUGACACCGGCCUCAAUCUUCAACCAUAUGAGCUCUGGAACAGCAGUCACUUAUUUCCCAAUAUCGAUGAAGCCACUCUCUUCCUUGGGACGCUGGAUACCAUCUUCCUCUUCUCCUAUGCUGUGGGUCUCUAUGUCAGUGGUGUUGUUGGGGAUCACCUGAAUAUGCGCUGGGUCCUUUCGUUUGGCAUGUGCUCAUCUGCUUUAGUGGUGUUUGUCUUUGGCACUGUGACUGAAUGGCUGCACUUCUACAACAAAUGGUUCUACUGCUGCCUCUGGAUUGUGAAUGGCUUGCUCCAGUCCACUGGCUGGCCCUGUGUGGUAGCUGUCAUGGGGAACUGGUUCGGCAAAGCUGGGAGGGGCUUUGUGUUUGGACUCUGGAGCGCCUGUGCAUCCGUGGGCAACAUCCUUGGGGCGUUCCUUGCCUCCUCGGUUCUGCAGUAUGGCUAUGAGUAUGCCUUCUUGGUGACAGCAUCAGUCCAGUUUGCUGGAGGAGUUGUCGUCUUCUUUGGCCUUGUGAUCUCUCCCAAAGAAGUAGGCCUCCCUGAUGUUGGGGAAGAAGAAGAGGGUCCUGCUGAAGAAGAUGCCAGUGAGCCCUUAAUGGCUGGUGAUGACAGUGAGGAUGACGAUGAUCGGAAUUAUACCAUUCAGGCAGCGGACUUGAGCAGCAGCAGCAGCACCACCCAGCCCAAACCCAUUGGAUUUUUCCAGGCUUGUUGUCUACCUGGUGUGCUGUUGUAUUCCUUUGCCUAUGCCUGUUUGAAGUUAGUGAACUACUCCUUCUUCUUCUGGUUGCCUUUCUACCUCAGCAGCAAUUUUGGAUGGAAGGAGGCAGAAGCCGACAAGCUCUCCAUCUGGUAUGAUGUCGGAGGGAUUAUAGGUGGCACCAUUCAAGGCUUAAUCUCUGACAUGCUACAGAAGAGAGCUCCAGUGCUAGCCAUUAGCCUCAUCUUAGCAGUGGCAUCUCUCUUUGGAUACAGCCGUUCACCAAACAGCAAACCUAUUAAUGCAGUUAUCAUGGCAAUUACAGGCUUUUUCAUUGGAGGCCCUUCCAACAUGAUCAGCUCCGCCAUUUCUGCUGACUUGGGGCGUCAGGAAGUGAUGAAAGGAAGCAGCGAGGCUUUGGCAACCGUCACGGGGAUUGUGGAUGGCACCGGGAGUAUCGGAGCGGCUGUGGGUCAGUACCUGGUGUCUUUGAUUAAGGAGAACUUGGGAUGGAUGUGGGUAUUCUACUUCUUCAUUCUGAUGACCAGCUCAUCGGUGCUCUUCAUCACCCCUUUGAUAGUGAGGGAAAUCCAUAUGCUCCUGACUCAGAGGCACUUGCGCAGGCUGGCUGGCUGACCACCCGCUUCACCAUUACCUGAGACCUGCAAGGAAGACCAGCAAGGGGUUGUCAGAACUUCAGACGGUUCAUGUUUACUUCUUUCUUUACACCCACCCUGUUUGGGCCUGGUUAAAAACGGCCACGUGUGAAUUUGCCAGUGGGAAGUUAGUGCCCAAAUGCCUUCAUCCCACCGGCAGGUAUGCUUGUGGCCAUCUGAAAUGUAGAGAAUGCGUACGUGUGGGGGGAAUUAAGUGUGUGUGUGUGUGUGUUUUGUUUGUUUGUUUGUUUGUUUGUAUGGGCAGAGAGGGAAAUCUCUCUCCUCCCACACCCCCCAGCCUGGCAAUUGGACCUCCUGAGAAGGACCAGUAUAUCUAAUUGUCAGAAUCAGGUUGUACAGCCUCUUGUGGACUGUCGCCUUUUAAGCUGCAGGUGGGAGAUCUCGGUUUUGAAUGCUCCCACACAAAAUGAAUUUCCCUCCACACUGAAAACUAGCAUGUCCAGGAGCAGAGUUCAGACUCUCCUUCCUAUCAUGCCAGUUAUCUGUGUGGAAGAAAUUUUAUCUAUGUAGGGGACAUUUAAAUACGCAACCUCCUCUCUCCCCUUCCCUAUGUUCUGAAGUGGAACAGUCCAGGAAAAGCUUCACCCUUGGAUUCCAAGUACGGUGUAGCAGCGGUUCUCCAACUUGGGCCCUGGGAUCUUGUUGGGCUACAACCCCUAUUUUCCCCAGCCACACUGGCCUAAAAAGAUUUUGGGAGUUGAGAGUUCAACAUCAUCUGGGUAUCCAAGGUUGGGACUGGCCAUUGAUUCAUUCAUUCAUUCAUUCAUUCUUUGUCCUUGGAUCCGCUUGGAUCUUUAUACUCUGUCUAGAAACGGGAUAGUUGCAAGAUGUAUAAAACUGACAGCUCUCUUUGCAACAUACUUUUGCAAAGAGGAAUGGCCUUUUCAUUUCUUGAUACCAAACAAUUUAGAUCAGGCUUGUGUCAGUCGGGCACAGGUUUGUGCAAGCAGAUUGUGCCAACUGCUGCUUCCUGAGUUACCUGGCCUUGUAUUUGCAAAAUAGGCAGCAGGGAACUCUGGGAACAGCCCAGGUCCUUAUUACGCAGAUGUAGAAAGAACGGUUAUUGUGUUUAACUUGAUCUCUAGAUACUAUUGAGAGACCUCCUCCUUGCCCGUAUUAGUUUAACCCCCUCCUGUCUAAGUCCAGUUGCAUUCCAUAUUUGAUUUAUCCUCCUGUUCACUCCCUUAUGUGUGACAAUGAGGCUGUAUCUCUCGAGAUGCACAGAGCCAAAUACUUCAUUGAAGAGGGUGGUAAUCAAAGUACUGUAGUCCUUAAAAUUAUGGUGAACACGGUGUUAUGAUUUUGAAUGGGUUUGAUCAGCUGGAAGGGGAUUUUCUCAUCCCAAGUUACCUGAUUUUUAGGCAGGGUCUAAUCAGCUAUACCCAUUUACUUGUAUGUGUAGGAGACGUUUUUGGUAAGCUCAGAGAGGUGAAGAUCCUGGUUUCCCAUUAGGGUGAGGCUGCCCAGCUUCGGAUGUCUGACUACAGCUCACAUCAUCUCUGUCUGGUGGCCACUGUGGCUAGGGAUGAUGGGAGUUGUAGUCCAAAUCCAGCUGGAGGGCUGUAGUUGUGCAGCCCUGCCUUAAGGAGUCAUCCCAGUUGCAUCUCUCCUGAUCAGCUGUCAAGAACAUGGCUAAAUGAUCCUCCACCCACACCAAAAGGUGUUCAGUGGGCACAGCUAGAUGCUACCAGAAGCACAGAGCUGCUGUCAGAAACAGCAGCUCUGUGUUGGGUCCUCCUCCCUAACGCCUGCUUCAGCUUACCUUAAGUUGUCAUCAUACAGAGCUGCUUGCUGCCCACUUGUGGCAACCAGUGCUAUGGAAGGAGGGUAGGGAAAUGCUCAGUUGAAUAGUGUGAGACGUGAGGCAAGUUCAAUUAGAUGUUACGAAUGAGUAAGGGUGGGGUGGUGGGGCUGAACACGGGGCUGCUGCUCUUGGCGUCAGCCCCCGUGUGUUGCAUAAUGCCCAGUGCAUAAUGCUGUGCAAAUUCAGCCAAUGGGAGGGCUAGAUCAGGGGCUGCCUGUCCCCAGAUCAGUCACAUAUGCCUGGCGGGAGUGAGAGUGAACAUUCUCAGGCACCGGGAAUGCCUACCUGUCUCCAGUUGUUCAUGUGGGACUUAACAAUUGCAUUGGGCCCAUGCGCAUAGAAUCCGGUGUGCAAACCCAUUUCGUAUCCCAGAUUUUUAACUGAUGGCAUCACCCAUGCAAUCUGGGCUUUUGUACCUUGGAUUUGACACUUGCAGUCCUUAUGCAAACGUUGUGCCCCUGCAUGAAUGUGGGGAGUGCCGGGACACACGUGUGGGGAGGGAUUCAGGCCUCCUGUGAUCCGGCCCAUUGUUGCCAGUUCUUUGGAGUGUUGAGGGGAAAGUGGGGCAUGCAGUCUCCAGUCCAGAUCCAGCGUCUGUAACUUGCAAAGAGUACUGCAGACAUCAAUGCCUUUUGAAGUGGUUGGCAUCCCUGGGUUGCCUGGCAGCUAGGCCUGUGCAAGUCAGUAAAGUCGGGAGAGAAUGCCGGGAAUCCCACCCCCACCACAAGGAGGCAGCAGAAAGCAGGGCAGGUGCCCUUGGUAACAUGGUGGGGCGUUUAAUGGCCAACCCAGCACUGGCAUGGGGGCAGCUGAAGAGAAUAUUGGGAGUGUGUGAGAUGCAGGGCAGCCUGGGAAAGGGUGGCUGGGAGGAAGCGUGGGAUGGCUGGGUACCGUAAUUCCGCUCAGCACCCAGCCAUCCGUGCUGCUUCCCAGCCGCCCUGCCUGCUUUCCCAGGCUGCUCGGUGUCAUUCCCUGCCCGCUCCCGGACACUCCCAAGAUUCUCUUCAGCCGCACCCACACCAGGGAUGAGUUGGCAGUUAAAGAGCCACGACACUACUGGGGCAAUUGCCCCAUGUCCUGCUGCCGCCUCGAGGUGGGGAGCAGGAUUUCAGACAUCCUCUCCUAACUUGACUGACUUGCCUACUGGCAACCCAUCCUUGAAAACCUUACAUUGUGGGCGGCUUGACACAAUCACCAAGUCCAGCAAGUCCAGAGGCUGGGGAAAUGUCAAAAACUGAGUAUGUGCAUUCCUGGCAGGCAUGUUGUGCAAACCCACCCAAAUCUGGUUCCCAAGACUUUCCGCCCAACAUUCUACCAACUUUCUCCACCCAACCUCACCUCUUGCUUCCAAGUGGGUAGAGAAUGAGAAGAAAGGACUUGGACAGGUGCGCACAACACACCUGCCUGGAGUGCACCCUCUCCGUUCUCAACAGCUUCCUGGGCACUGGUUUUGCUAGCAGUUGUGUGAAGCCAUCCAGGAUUUGUUGCCUUGGUGACUUGGAUGCCUCUCUACUGCCCCAAGCGUCCACCAUUGAGCCCAGCUUCUUGUUGCCACCAAGAUUGAGGGGGAGCAGAAAUUAGCUGUGAAUUUGGGGAAGAGGAUUCUUUUUUUCUUUCCAGAAAUGCCUUUAUGUACACUUAAUGUGCACUUAAUGUACAGUGCAGUUUGGUUUUUGUUUUAAUCUAUACAUGUAAAUGUUGAAUCAUGUUGUGGCUGCUGUGAAUGGAACAUUCUUGGUCCCUUAAGGGGCUCUUGCUGAAUGGUGUUGCUCAGCUGUUGUGCUCUUUUCCUACAAGACUGCACAGUCUCAUUGUUCUGUGCCUGCUUAAUUUUGGGAUGUCUUUUUAAAGAACUGUGUCUGCUCCCUUUGGGAGCAGAUACCGUUUUGCGGGGGUGGGGGGUGGAGGCUCUUUGCUUUUAGCUUAACCAUCUGAUCAGUGGAAGGCUGCAGGAAGAUAAAGGCAGAGAUUUAAAAACAUUCUUUCCACCUUGCUCCCUCCUACUUCGUUGCAAUAUCAGCUCCUCUGCAGUUUAUCCUGAAGAGAGGCUCUUUGUCCUGACGGUUCAGUUUUGUCACUGAAGUACUUCUUAAGAAUCAUGGUCUCGUUUCAGAACGUAAACACCAUGAUGUGAGUUUUAAGUCUUCUCUGGAGAGAAGCCUCUUGCAAGUUUUAGGGUGUAUUCGCACCGUCACUUUCCUUCAGUUAUUUGGUCACUUGGUUGGGGCGAUCCAUGGAGAACUGGGACUUGCAAAGGGCUCCAGUCCAGUCCAGCUCCCCUACUUGCAUACCAAAAGUAUGACUGGAGAAAGACAAGGACCCCUCAGAGUCCAAACUUGGGAUUUCAAUCUCUCUGCAUUUCUUAGCUGCCUUGGAGUGAAGACUGACACAUAUUCUGAAGUGUGAUGAAAGUAGUUUUGACACACCUUGGCUGCAUUCUGAGGCAUUGGUUCUCAGGGCAGAGGAGGUGCGUUCAGGCCGCUUCCUUUCAUAGCAUUUAAAAUAGGUGUUGGUCUUCAACCCAGGUGGAUGUAAGCUCCAACACAAAUCUUCACCUUAACACUGCCAUGCAUGGGACUGCUGGCAAAGUUUUCCGUUCCAAGACUGACAUGUGCAAACUGUUCUAGAGUGCUGUGAAAUAGACUGUUCUCAAUGACUGACAAUGUUAGAUGCUUUUCUCAGCCUUGCCCCAUGUAACCCCCAUUUAAGAUUCUGCUCUGUAUAGAUGAGGGGGAAAUGCUUUGGCUCUGUCAUCUUCCACAAUCGGUUUCACAUGAAUAAAUUAUUUUUUUGGCAAAUCAGAAAA